CCGUAAGUUCUCAUCUUCCUCUUCUUCCUCCGAUCCCUUUCUUUUGCCCAUUUCCGUCAUUUCCCAUCUCUUCUUCGUCUUCUUCUUCUUCUUCACUUUCUCUCAAAGGAAAAUAAUAAAAAUAAAAGGAAUUUCGAAAUUUCGAUGAAUGCUAACGUCUUUGUCGACGGAUUAGAUUAAUCGAUCUUUUCAUUUCGUAUCUCAAUGGAAAAUAAUAAAAAAUAAAACGAAUUUCGAAAUUUCCAUAAAUGCUAACGUCUUUCUUAACGGAUUAGACUAAUCGAUCUUUUCAUUUCGUAUCUGAAAACCCACGAAUUUCUCUCGCUAUAACGAUAUCUCUGUUUUUGUGCCUGGGAAUUGCUAUUUUCUUGGGUUUUCUGGUCGAUUCUUUGACGGUUUUUGCUGGAUUUUGGGCGUCUUUUUAUUUUUUAAUAUGAGUCAAAUAUCUGAAGGAGGAUUCGGUUCAUGUUAGGUUGAAAGAUCGCAUUUUUAUUCAAGUCGGGUCGUUUGUUUUCAGAUUCGGAUUGUGAGGAGGGUCGAAAUAUCGGAAAGAUCUUUUCGUUUUUCAGGAUUUUGAUUUCUGUUUUUUUUUUUUCUCCUCUCUCUCUCUCUCUCUCUCUCUCUGUAGUCAACGAUUUCGAUGUAAGAAGACGGUUUCGGAUCCCACUUGGUUAAAAGCUCGCAUUUUUUCAAUUUGGGUCGGUAAAUUCAGCCAAAUCGGAGGAGCCAAGGAGGAUUCGGGUUUUGAAUUUUGUGAUUUUUGCGUGUUCAGUCAUUGAUUUCUAAAAAGAAAAAAAUAAAAAAUAAAAUUUGUCUGUUUUGGAGUAGAAGUAAGAUUUGGGUUCGGUUGGAUUGGUAAUUUAGUUACGAUUUCGAUCAAAUCCAGAGACAUGUUGGAUGGUCGGUCCUGCUUGGUUUCAAGGGCAUUGCCGAGCUCCUGCGAGCAAGAAAGUAAGUGGGUUUAUAUGAAUUAUCAUCUGAUUGAGGAGGUAUCAAAUGGAAAGCGCCAUUUAGAAGAAGGAACUGAAGAAGAAAUUAGAGAGAGGAAGUCCACAAGGCUUUCAAAUUCGCACGUUAAUGAGGAAUUGAACAUGGCCGAAGGUUUCUCCACACCCCCAGUUGAUGAUUCUAAUAAGGAGGCAUGUGGUGGGGACCAAUCAGAUUUGAAUUCACUUAUCCAUCCACUCGGAAGGGACAUAACGAUCAACUGCCUCCUCCACUUGUCGAGGUCUGACUAUGGCGCACUUGCCUCUCUGAACCGGAGCUUCAAUUCUCUAGUCCGGAGUGGUGAGCUGUACAAGCUCCGACGGCAGGUGGGGAUAUGCGAACACUGGGUCUACUUCUCUUGCAACGUCUUGGAGUGGGAGGCGUUUGACCCAAACAGCCGACGGUGGAUGCAUUUGCCAUCGAUGCCUGCAAACGAUUGCUUCAUGUUCUCAGAUAAGCAAUCACAGGCUGUCGGCACUGAGCUUCUCGUUUUCGGAAAGGAAGUAACAUCCCAUGUUAUAUUGAGGUAUAGCAUUCUAACAAACUCGUGGUCUUCGGGCAUGGUGAUGAACACACCAAGAUGCCUGUUUGGGUCUGCCAGCCUUGGAGAGAUAGUGAUUUUUGCAGGCGGAAUUGAUGCUCGAGGGACUGUGUUGAAUUCUGUGGAGCUCUACAAUUCAGAGACCGGAACUUGGGAAACACUGCCAAGCAUGAACAAGCCAAGGAAGAACUGUUCAGCUGUUUUCUUGGACAAGAAGCUCUAUAUAAUGGGCGGUCUUGGGAGCAAUGUGGAGUCAUAUACAUGUGGAGAAGAGUAUAAUUUGGAGACAAAGACUUGGCGGGUUAUUCCUGAUAUGUACCCUGUGCCAACCGUAGCAACUGAGCCGCCUCCACUGCACACAGUCGUGAAUAAUGAGCUGUAUGCAGCUGAUCAUGCAGAGAAGGAAUUGAGGAAGUACAAUAAGGAGAAUAACACAUGGGUCACUCUGGGGAGAUUGCCUGAGAGAGUGUUUUCGAUGAACGGUUGGGGACUAGCAUUCAAGGGGUGUGGGGAACGUCUUAUCAUUGUUGGUGGGCCAAGGGGUUCUGGAGGAGGAACUGUGGAGCUCCAUUCGUGGAUCCCGGGAGAUGGGCCCCCGGAGUGGGAGUUGCUCGCGAUCGCAAGGAGGCCUUCAGGGAGUUUCGUCUAUAACUGUGCUGUGAUGGGCUGCUGAUGUGUUGGAAUUCAGUGGCACCAUGUGGACCGGACAGUGCCUCAUAGGAGGGAUGUACAAGAUUGGUUUGUUCAAGGUCAUAGCAUUCUUGCUGAUGGGUAAUCUCUGCCUAUUUUUGAAAUUUCGGAUUUUACUCAAGAUUCAAUGGAAUGUUUUUCUUCCAAAGAAGCCUAAAGGGCAUUUUGUUUUCCUUUAUUCUGUUUAUUUUCUACCAUUGAUUUGCAUUUUGUAGCAAUUGUUACACUUUGCCUCUCUUAUCUGUUUCAAAUGAGAGCUUUCAUAGAUUGGGAUAUCAUGCAGCAUUGGAAUAGCUUAAUAAUUCAAAUACAAAUCCAUUGUCAAAAAGUACU